AAAUUGAUGAUUGUGCAUACAGUGUUGCCAAGGUGAAAUGAUGAGCUCUUUAGUGUAGAGUGUGAGGCUGCUGGUGUGUCCGCUAAGGGGAGUGUUGCCUCGGAGAGGGAGGGUCGGUUCGUUCCCGCAGCAACAGGGAAGAUGGCAGCUCUCACAUCUCUCACCCAGUUGUCAAGUGGGAACCCUGUAUAUGAGAACUUUUACAGACAGGUGGACCCUGGGAAUACAGGAAGAGUUGGACCAACAGAAGCUGCCUUGUUCUUAAAGAAGUCUGGACUCCCAGACAUUACACUGGGAAAGAUCUGGGAUUUGGCCGAUCCCGAUGGCAAAGGUUAUCUGGACAAACAGGGAUUUUACGUAGCUCUGCGGCUGGUGGCUUGUGCUCAAAGUGGCCAGGAUGUCAGUUUGUCCAGCCUCAACCUCACAGUCCCUCCCCCCAAGUUUAAGGACACCAGCAGUCCGUCUCUAAGCAGCACAGCUUCUGCCUCUGGGGAAUUACACUGGGCUGUCAGGCCCGAGGAGAAGAGUAAAUUUGACGGGAUUUUUGAGAGUUUGGCUCCAGUCAAUGGCCUGCUGUCAGGAGAGAAGGUCAAACCAGUCCUGAUCAACUCCAAGCUACCUCUGGAUGUCCUUGGGAAGGUUUGGGACCUGAGUGACAUAGAUAAAGAUGGCCAUCUGGACAAAGAUGAGUUUGCAGUGGCCAUGCACCUGGUGUACCGGGCCCUGGAGAAGGAGCCUGUUCCUGCACUCCUCCCCUCUUCCCUUAUCCCUCCGUCUAAGAGGAAGAAGAGUCUGGCCUCCGUGGCCGGCUCUAUGCCUGGACUACCUGCAAGCCCUCCACCACCAAAAGACUCUCUACGCUCCACACCCUCCCACGGCAGCAUGAACUCACUGAACAGCACCGGCAGUCUGUCGCCCAAACACACACUCAAGUCUGGACAGCAUUCAUUAAACUGGGUGGUCCCAAUCGCUGACCGUGGUCGCUAUGACGACAUUUUCCUGAAGACUGACGCUGAUCUGGACGGUUUUGUCAGCGGACAUGAAGUAAAGGACAUCUUCAUGCAGUCUGGACUUACUCAAAACGCACUAGCUCACAUAUGGGCUCUGGCAGACACGAGGCAGAUAGGCAAGCUGACCAGGGAGCAAUUUGCCCUCGCUAUGUAUCUCAUCCAGCAGAAAGUCAGCAAGGGCAUCGACCCUCCACAAGCCCUGACUGCUGACAUGAUCCCACCCUCUGAGAGGGGCACUCCCGUACCAAGUAUGUCAGGAUACAUGACCCCAGUGGGAUCAGAGAUGGCCGCUCUGUCUGAAAUGAGACGGGACAGCUCUAGUUCAGUAGGUUCAGGGGAGUUCACUGGCGUCAAGGAGUUGGACGACAUCAGCCAAGAGAUCGCCCAGCUGCAGAGGGAGAAAUACACACUGGAGCAGGACAUCAGGGAGACAGAGGAGGCCAUCAGACACAAGACUGCAGAGGUGCAGGAGAUGCAGAAUGACCUAGACAGAGAAACAGCCAGCCUGCAAGAGCUGGAGGCUCAGAAACAAGAUGCCCAGGACCGGCUGGAGGAGAUGGACCAGCAGAAACAUAAAUUGGAAGACAUGCUUAACGAAGUCCGCAUCAAGUGCCAGGAAGAGUCUCAGAUGAUCUCAACCCUCCAGAGUCAGAUUCACUCCCAGGAGUCGGAUUUGCAGAGCCAGGAAGAAGAGCUGAGCCGGGCCAAGGCCGACCUGGGCCGACUGCAGCAGGAGGAGAACCAGCUGGAGCAGAGUCUGGCUGCUGGCAAGAUCCAACUGGAGACCAUCAUAAAGUCUCUGAAGGCCACGCAGGACGAGAUCAACCAGGCUCGUAGUAAGUUGUCUCAGAUUCAGGACAGCCAACAGGAAGUGUCUAAAAGCAUUGAGCAGUACAACAGUACCUUGAACGGAACCAAUGGAGGCAGUAUGACCAACCUUGCUGAUAUGAGUGAGGGCUUCAGUGACCGAGAGAACGGAGGAUUCCCAGCCAUGGAGGAUCCAUUCAAAGUGAAGCCAUCUGUGUUCAACAAUCAGCCUCAGGAGCUUCACACCGACCCCUUCCACUCUGAAGACCCCUUCAAAACAGACCCAUUCAAAGGUGACCCUUUCCAAAAUGACCCUUUUGCAAAACCACCAUCAACAUCCGCAGAUCCUUUUGGAGGAGACCCAUUCAAAGAAACAGAUCCGUUCAAGGCUUCAUCAGAAGAUUUCUUCAAGAAGACCACGAAAAUAGAUCCCUUCUCCACACCGGACCCCUUCAGUAAAAGCGCCACAUUACCUUCCAAGCAAACCAGUCACUUCGCAAGCAACGACCCAUUCUCUUCAAGCAAUGCCAAACCCAAAGGACCAGACCUGUUUAGCACAUUGGAUCCGUUUGGCAGCAGUUCGUUCAACAGCAGCAGUAACAGCCCGGCUGGAUUUGCAGACUUCAGCCUAAUGUCGAAGCCCAGAGACCCUUUUGAAGGCCGGGCCAGCUGGCUGCCAGACUACCAGAAGUCAGUAUUUGUGGAUGACCCAUUCACCAGGAAGAAUGACACACCAGCUCUGCCCCCGAAGAAAAGUGUUCCCCCAAGGCCCAAACCACCCAGUGGUAAGAGUACACCUGUGAGCUCCGGCACAGCUGACCCAUCCAAACCAUGUGACCCCUUCCAGCCAUUUGGGGGUGAUGCCAUCGACCCAUUUCAGAGUAAAAAAGGCCUGGGAGACCCGUUCAGUGGCAAAGACCCUUUCGCCCCAUCCACAGCAUCAAGACCUGACAAAGUAAAGUUUGGGAAUGAAGCUCAGCAGCUGGAGUGGGCGAAGCGAGAAAGUGAGCGAGCAGAGCGCGAGCGGCUGAAACGGCUCAGACAACAGGAGCAGGAGGACCUGGAGCUGGCCAUCGCCCUCAGCAAAGCAGAGAUGUCCAACGCAUGACGUGGAACCCUUAGCAUACACAAACACACACACACGGCAUAUAGACUUGCUAACAUGACUGACAUGUAAAUAUUAAGACACAAUGCAAAUGACUGGACUAACAAACUCUGGGCCAUGAACACACAGGACCUGCACCUCCACUAUUCACAUUCCCCCUACGACGCGUAAUGACUCAAUGAAUGGACCUGAAAGAACUUCCAGCCAAGUCUAGCCACUGACCCUGCAUCCAAACAAACAAGUCAACAAAACUGAGGGCCCAGAAUCAAUUCCUACAAAGCUCUCCUGCUGACACGAAGAGACAGGGAAGUGAAAGAUGACCAGGAAGAGAAGGAAAAGACGAGGGGACUGAUGGAAACAAACACAUGCACUGUGUAUAUGCACUAUAGUGGCCUGAUAUGAUGGAUACAUUUAGUGGGCUGAGAUGACUGUUGCUUACAGAACACCUCAACAGUUUGAGUUUCAGUGUGUUAUUUUUGCUUCUUCUCCGGAACAAUGUGGAAAAAAUGGAAACUCUAUCAGUAACCCAGACUCGUUAUGAAGUGAAAAGGUCAACUUUUUCCACUUCUGCUGGAAAUGAAAUGUUUCCUUCAGCUUUGUUCUCCGACAGACUGAAGUCUGUACUAGACGUACCGAAAUGAAGUGAAUAUUAAUCUUCUCAUCCGACUCAAGAUGAGUUUGAGCAUAUUUCUCCAAAUAUCAGUUUUACCACACCAGGAUCUACCAUGAGAUUAUAGACUUUCACCUGAAGUCUAGGCAAGGCUGGAUUAUCUCCCAAGCAAAGCAGGCGACUCCUCUCGGGGGCCCAAAGGCUUCAGGUUCACUGUGUCACAUUCACUUUGAGGUCAUUUAUUGAAUUGCAAAUUUGUUAAGGCAUAUGCUAUGCAGCACUGAAGCAAACAAUAUAAACCUAUAUGACUUGCAUUAUUACCUAUUUAUGAGGUAAUAUGCUGUAAAGGGGACCUGGUGUGAUUAGUAGGGGCGGAUCCAUGUGGCCCUGAGUCUAGUGCAUGCGUUUUUCUCUUUACGCUUUGAGAAAGUUACCCAGGAAAGACACAACCCUUCUCUGGCUCAGUGGGUCCUACUGUGUGAAAACAAAUCUUUUAACCAACAUUAGUCAAAUAAUUUUCACUCAUUUCAGUAUUGUCACAUUAUUGGAGGAAUUAAGAAGUAACUUGGUAACUGAGGACCAUAAAUUACACUGUUUCCCUGUAAUGUGACAAAUACCCGACAAACUAAAAUAACUUAAAAUGUCAACAUAUCCUUUGAGUGACAGCAACAAAUUGUACAGAUAUAUUGUCUUUUUUUCAUGAGUAUGAGAUUGUACAGUUGAGUUCGCUCCUUCUGUCCAGUGUAUAUAGAUAAACAGAGCUAACAGCUGUACUAUGAUCCCUAUGGUGUCAUGUCAAAACCACAACAAAUGAAAGGCAAGAUGAAGGAAUACAUUUUUCUUUGUUGUUGGGUUUUUUUAAGAGAACAAAUAAUUUAACACAGAUUUCAUGAGCUGGGUAUUAUUUUAUUAUUUUUGACAUGUUUUUGUUUUAAAAGAACAUCCAAAUUAAUAUAGUUGUUUUGUGCUAUAAUUUGUGGUAGAACUAUAGUCAUUUUAGUCCUCUACAGAAUGAGCAAGCACACAGUGUGAGUGUGAGUUUUUGGAGUGGUCUGGAGCUGUCUGACAGGUGUCAGGGUGGGAAAUGGAAAUAUUUGAAAAAGUGCUAUUUCUGGUGUGUCAUAGUUUGAUGUCUCAAUGUGGAUUGAACCACUCACCUCGUUUUUUGAGUUGUUCCUUUUACUUGAAGUGGUGACUCGUGUUUCAGUGAGACAGACUGAAGUCGACUGGUUUGAUUUAAUCUGGACUUUAAAGCAGAUACAACUUAUUUUCUGAAGACUCGGAGCCCCUCUCUCGUAGUUUAAAAAUAUCAUGCUGUGUUUUUAUAUAUGCAAGUCUGUAUUUGGUGUGUGUCCAUGACCUAUCAUAUGUUUUAGUCUGUUCUGCCACAUGCAUGACCUCAAGUCAGGAUUCUACUCAGAGCACAUUAUACUCUCUUAAAUGGUACUUUAAGGGAAGACGUUUUUCAUGACCAUAAUCUUGUAAUCAUGGGGAGAAAGAAGUCUCUUCUUUGGCCUGGUUAAAGUCAGUCAGUCAGUCAGUCAGUGUUCAUUCGAGAGGCCAGUUGAACGCACUAGUAGUACUCAUCACCCUGGUAUGUUAUGUAAUACAGUGCAGGAUGUUUUCUGAUGGAACUCAAACAAAGAAAAAGGAAGGGGAAAAGGAACAAAACCAUGAUUGAUGAUUUCAAAAUCUAAGAAGGUGCAGGAUUUCUACAGAGGUGUGCUUGACAGAAGUGUGCUCAGUGCUGCCACUGUUGGCAGAAUAUGGUACUGCACUUCUCUCCACCUAUGGCAGCACUGAGAUUAUUGCUACUGAAUAGAUAUGUGACUUAUCCAUGGGAUUUCAUUAGGAUGAUGAUUCAUUUUACACUUUGUAUUAUACUGUUGAAGUUAUUUUUCUUCUCAUUUUGCACCUGCCUAAUUUUUGUACUUUGUCUGAAAUGUUGCUGAAUUGAUUGUCCAGUUGAUGCCCUGAGGGAGGAGUGUCCCAGGUUCAUAGUUAGCUUCUCUAAGCUACACACAGAUAACAUCCUUAGGAGCUUCUACUAACUUUGGAGUCAUAAAACUCAUAUUGGCUUUUUUAAGAUUUUGCCUUGCUCCUGUAACACUAGUGGAAAUAGGGAAAAACAAAGGCUGCUGUUAACUAUCAGCUAACAACUUGACCCAUUCGUUUUGAUUAGAAGCGACUCUGAGAGUACACCAAUUAAAACAAACACAAAGUCACUGUAACCCCUUAGUAAAUAACCACAGGAAGUCACACCAAUCCCCAGGUAAUGACAAAAUAUUGUGCAUUUCACAUUUCAGUUAGGCAGAUGUAUGUUUUUGGUACCUAAUCACUGCAGGGAACAAUGGUACUGGCUGACUGGUGCCACUCGGUUUAAGACACAGCAGUAUCACUACUCAACUCAGAGCUCUUAAGUCUGUCCUGCAUGACCUGCUCUGUGUGUAUGUGUGUGUGUGCGUGUGUGUGUGUGUGUGUGUGUGUGUGUGUGUGUGCGCGUGCGUGUGUUUACUGUAUAUGUAUGUAUACACCCAUAUAGAUAGAUAGAUCAGUGUGACAGGAUGCAAUGGUACCUUCUGCUCUGAGAGGAGGUUUGUGCAACUCUUCUGUUAAUCUCUGUGUUGUAAUAACAGAUGUGCUCCAGAUAUAUGAGUAAACUACUGUUUCCAAGCUCAAGAAUUAACUUAACGCUCAAAUAGAAAAUCUCACUUUGAACAAGUCAGUGCUAUACCUGAGUCUCAGUACAGAUACCAAAACAAUACUUCUGACAAGACAAAGUUCUGAAAUGUUUAAAUGUAUGUAAAAAUGUACAUUUUCUAAAAUGAGUGAAAUGAAGUUGGCUAAAAUUUGAUUAAAUUAAAAAAACAAGUUUGACAUAUCUGAUCAGGUAUGUGAAGCCAACAUCUGGUACUUGACAGUUUUCAACACUCGCUGCUAUGAACAUAUUUCAGUUGGUACCUAAAGGUAUUGAUACUUGAUACCCAACCUAUUGUGAACUGUGACCCUCCAUCUGUUCUUGAUGUGUUUGUGUCCGUCUCCCUCUGACCUCAGCCUGUCUGCAGUCUACUGCUUGGAGUGGUGAAUUCCAGACUUUUACCAUCAUUUAUACUGUCUUCUAUCUGAUACCUCUAUUGUGCAAUAGAUCAUGUUUUUUUUAUUGUUGUUUUGUGUAUCCUGUAAAAAAGAAAGUCUGAUGUUUUUGAUAUUUAGCUUGUCCUUUUAAUAUGAUAAUUUAUGCACCAGCAACCACCCACUCCUUUGUCCUGACUAUGAAGAGAAAGUUUAAAUUUUGAUUGCAUUUCAGUGCAAGAAUCUACAAACCCAAAAUGCUUUUCAACUAUUUUGGAAAAAGAAAAUGGUUACACCAUUUUCAUUACUCAGUAUGUUUUAAUUAUCAACAAUGUUAGCAGUAAAAAAAAUGUAAAGGAUGACAGCUAAAAAUGGAAUUCUGUCUUACUGACAUACUAAUGCCUAAUAGUAAGCAGCCAAAAUAGUUUUUGGGGGGAGUCUUGUUUCAUUCUUCAUUUACGACAUUUUUUUAUUCUCUGAAGCUUGGGAUUUUUUUCCUGCCUUCAACUGCCCUUCCCCUGCAAAGACAAAAUGCUCUGAGCAGUCUUUAUUAAGAUGCAUACAAAGUGUAUACAGUCUGUAUAGCAUCAUGUCUGUUAUAUUUGUCCUAUUCAAAGUGAAGAUGCAGAAAUAGUAAACUUGACAAGGAACCAUUUGGAGGAUUGCUUACAGUUCCAAUAAACAGUGAAGACGGAACAGAUGUUGGUUUUAUUUAGAACAGUGAUCCUGUCUACAUGGUCUGUACUGUUUGCCAGAAUAAACAUUUCAGUUAAAUGAGAA